AUGUGGGUGCUUGAUCAACUGGCGCGUCUUCUGGACCGCCCUCUUUUCCCAUGGAAGAAUGUCCUUGUCGGCUUUUCGCUAGGACAGUUCGUCCUUGAAGGGCUCUUGUCGCUGCGUCAGUACAAGGUUCUACAGCGCACCAAACCCCCAAAGGUGAUUGAAGCCGAAGUCUCCCAGAAGGUUUAUGAUCAGAGUCAGGCGUAUGGUCGCGCAAAGGCCAAGUUUAAUUUUCUUUCCGGGUUAUAUGGUCAAAUUCAAAAUCUUGGGUUUAUCUACGGCGAUGUCCUCCCCAAGCUAUGGGGGGUCAGCGGUCUCUUGUUGGCACAAUACCUUCCGGCUUGGUUCCAGGGCGAGAUCCCGCAGACUCUGGUAUUCAUUUUUGGAUUCAACCUGAUCAGUACUGUUCUUUCUCUCCCGAUUUCUUACUACAAUACGUUUGUGCUUGAGGAGAAGUUUGGUUUCAACAAGCAAACGAUCAAGCUCUGGGUCUCCGACAUGCUAAAGGGUCAGAUGUUGGGUAUCGUUCUUGGUGCGCCCAUCAUCAGCGCUGUGCUCAAGAUUGUUCAAAAGACGGGCAACUCGUGCUUUUACUACCUUUGGUUGUUUGGUGUCUUCGUUCAAGUCUUCGCCAUUACCAUUUACCCGAUCGUCAUUCUACCUCUGUUUAACAAGCUGUCUCCUCUUGAGCCCGGCGCGAUUAAGACUGGCGUUGAGAACUUGGCCAAGAAGCUGAACUUCCCGCUCCAGGAACUGCACGUUAUUGAUGGAAGCAAGCGGAGCGCGCACAGCAAUGCAUAUUUCUAUGGCCUCCCCUGGAAGAAGCACAUAGUUAUAUAUGAUACUUUGAUUGAAAAGAGCAAGCCCGAGGAAGUUGUCGCUGUUUUGAGCCAUGAGUUGGGCCAUUGGAGUCUUAGUCACACCACCAAGCUUUUCGGUAUCGCUCAAUUCCACAUGUUCUACAUCUUUGCGCUUUUCUCGGCCUUUGUGAACAACAAUUCACUCUACCAGUCAUUCGGAUUCCACCACGAGAAGCCCAUUAUGAUCGGAUUCCUCCUAUUUUCUGAUGCCCUCGCUCCUAUGGAUGCUGUCGUCAAGCUCCUGAUGAACAUCCUCAGCCGCAAAUUUGAAUUUGAAGCUGACGCAUUUGCCGUGAACCUUGGAUACUCAGAGGAACUAUCCCAGUCCCUUCUCAAGCUUCAGAUACAGAACCUCAGCACUAUGGAUGCAGACUGGAUGUAUGCCAGCUACCACUACUCUCACCCCAUUCUCCCCGAGAGACUCAAGGCUCUAGGCUGGGAGGGCGGAAAGGUCACGGACUACAAGGACCAAGAUGACGAAAAGCCUGUCAAGGCUAGCGACCGAGAGCUCUAA